CCCAAAGUGAGGUUUUUAGUUUUCUGAAUAACUUAUUAGCUGAUUCUCUGCACACAGAAGAGAGCAGCGCUUUGUCCCCAGGGAAAGAAGCUAUUUCAGACUUCAUUAAGGAGUCAUCUAACAUAUUUCAACAAUCCCUACUGUUGCUCUCUUUGUUUUAAAGAUAUCAGUCUGAUUUUGUUUCAUUUGCAACUGGAGACUAAAUGACACCAAGCAGAAUCUACUGUUAGGUUAGAUUACCAGGAUACUGCUUGUGAAGGGGAAAACAUGCAGACUGCAUCUUUGCUUUAUUAUUUCCUGCUUAUCUGUUGGUGUAUUGAUUUUGCUCAAAAUCAAACAAAUGAAAUUCCUAGGAGGCAAAGAAGGAGAAUGCGCUAUAGAGGAUCAAGAAAGGGUUCCUCAGCAUACCACAGACCAAACAGACAACCACAGAUGAAGACUUCAACUACUGUUGCUGUAGUACCAAGCAUUCCCCUUAUUAAUAUUGAUGAUGGCAUUACAGAAGUAUUUGACUCUUUUAUAGGUUUGGGUGGACAUGAAUCCAGUUACAGUGUCUUACCAGGAAAGAAAGGGCACUGUACAGCUAACGGGAUGAUUAUGUACGACAAAGCUGUGUGGUCCCCCAAACCUUGCAUUACUUGUCUUUGUUCAAAAGGAAAAGUGAUUUGUGAUGAAACUACGUGCCUUUCUCUGACAUGUCACAAAACUGUGAUACCUGAAGGAGAGUGCUGCCCAGUUUGCUCUGAUAUUGUACAAAAUAUUUCACUGGAUGACACACCUGAAAUUUCUGGUGCUUCUCCAGAGCCCAGUGACCCUAGUGAUCCAAUGCUAUUGAAAUCACUGCAUACCCAGGCUGAAAUGGAUGAGUUACUCAGACGAGAGAAGGAAGAACUUGAAGGGAGAGAAAAGGAAAUUCACAAAAAGGAUGAAGAGAACAGGAAGAGAAAAGAAAAGAAAUCUUCCUUGAAAAAAAUACAUGACUAUGAAGCCCAUCAGAAAGUAGAGGAGGAAAUAAGCAGGAGAGAGGAAGAAAAAAGAAGAGCAUAUGAAGAGGAAGAGCUACAAAUUGAAAAGGAAGAAGAAAAAAGAAAGGAAAACAAACAUCCAGAGCAAGAAAGAAAACAACAAAAAAGCGAAGAGGAAGAAGGGGAAGAGGAAGAGGAUGAACAUAUUUUACGAGGUGAUGUUUUCAGAAUGCCCCCUCGAUUCCCAAUUCCUGUUCCUCCUGCAGAAAUUCCUCCUUUGCCAACUGGAUGUUCCAUUUCUGACACCACAGUAAGCUGCAUUAAUGCCAAACUUACACAAAUACCACCAAUUACUGAUCCAGAGCUAACAAGCUUAGAGCUUGAAGGGAAUACCAUCACUUCCAUUCCAGAUGAAGCAUUCAAUGGGAUUCCUAAUUUGGAAAGGCUUGAUCUAAGUAAAAAUAAUAUUACUUCUCCAGGCAUAGGUCCACAAGCGUUCAAAAUCCUGAAAAAGUUAAAACGUUUGUAUAUGGAUGGAAACGCACUAGUACAUAUCCCUCCUGAAUUACCGUCAGCUUUAGAAGAACUUAAAAUAAAUGAAAACCAUCUCCAUGCUAUUGAUGAAGACAGUUUACAAGAAUUAAAGAACUUGGUGACCCUAGAAUUAGAAGACAAUAAACUUAGUGAAGCAAAUGUCAGUCCUUUAGCUUUCCGUCCUUUGAAAAGCCUGUCUUAUUUGCGCCUUGGAAGAAAUAAAUUUAGAACUGUCCCACAAGGUCUUCCCACAUCUAUUGAGGAACUAUAUCUGGAAAAUAACCAAAUAGAAGAAAUUUCAGAAAUUUGCUUUAACCAUACCAGAAAUAUUAACAUAAUUGUGCUGAAACACAACAAAUUAGAAGAAAAUAGAAUAGCACCUUUGGCUUGGAUUAAUCAAGAGAAUUUGGAAUCUAUUGAUCUUUCUUACAAUAAGUUAUAUCACGUUCCCUCCUAUCUGCCAAAAUCCUUACUGCACCUCGUACUUAUAGGAAACCAGAUUGAGAGAAUACCCGGAUACGUGUUUGGUCACAUGAAGCCAGGGCUGGAAUAUCUCUACCUUUCUUUUAACAAACUUAACAAUGAUGGAAUAGAUCCAGUGUCAUUCUAUGGAGCUUAUCGGUCUUUGAGAGAGUUAUUUUUGGAUCACAAUGAAUUAAAGUUUGUACCAUUUGGAAUCACAGAAAUGAAGGCAUUAAGCUUUCUGAGGCUGAACAACAACAAAAUACGAACAGUCCCUCCAGAACGCAUCUGUAGAGCUGUUGUCAAUGAUGACAAUGUUGAUGAUGACAGUAAUGAUGAUGAGGAGGAGGUUGAAGAUUCACGUUUGGAACAUCUUCAUCUUGAAAACAAUUUUAUCAAUACAAGAGAGCUGUCACCAUAUGCAUUUUCAUGCAUAAGAUCCUAUUCCAGUGUUGUUCUGAAACCACAGAAGAUCAAAUAACAAACACCAUAUAUUUUCAUUGCAAAACCCAUUUUCUUACCUGAAGUGACAUUAUUUAUUCUCCAUCUGAUACACAGAUCAGCUGAUCUCCUAGUUAAAAGAUGUCUCAGCACUGUUCAUACACUAUUAUUUUCCUAACGGUGUCAAUUGAUAUAUUAGUGUAUCACCUAAAGACUGCUUGAUUUGUUUAGUUUAUACUGUUAAAUAUACAUAUACACACAUGCAAAAAUAUGCAAUUUAAUAAGGGACUUUUUCAAGUACUAUUAAUAACAUGUCAACUUGAAAAAGAGACUAAGUGGGGAUAUGGUAGAGGUUUAUAAAAUCAUGACUGGUGUGGAGAAAGUACAUAAGUAAGUAUUGUUUACUCCUUCUCAUAA